AUGCCGUCGGUCACGGACUCCGGGGGCAAGGGCAAGGGCAAGGGCAAGGGCAAGGGCAAGGGCAAGGGCAAGGGAAAGAGAAAGGGCAAGGGAAAGAGCAAGCGCAAGAGCAGUUUGAAGAGCAAGAGCAAGGGCGAGAGUUUGUGCAUGUUUGCUUUGGUCCGCAGAUGCACAAAGCUUGUCACGGUGGAAGAUUACGAUUUUCAAUGGCCUGUUGACGAAUUGAUGAGCAACGUGUAUUCUUGCAAUGAAUUCGCAAAUUGCGUUGAUUCUCCAUCGGAGUACUCAGAGCAUAUGGCGGACAGAUAUGAAGGAUGGUUCAAAAACGAUCAAUCUCGCCCUCGAAAGCAAAACAGCUCAGGCAACAUGAAAUAUACUGGAGCCUUCUGA